GCCAUUUGACAGCCGUCGUUCGGCUCGCAAACAAAAGGCAAACGCAACUUGGCGCGGACGGUCGAUCGUCACAAGCAACCCGUACACAGUGAGCUUGCAGCUUGAAACUCGCACCAGGUCCGGCCUGAUAACGGCAAACAACAAUAGUAGCCGUUUUGGGGUGAAGGUUAGUGUAGUGAACCAGCAGUGACUAACAAAACGCAACCCACAACGACAACCGACCCACCUAUGAGAGGGGAGGCCGACAAGCUAAAGCACAAGGCCAAGAACUUCCUUCGCACGCUGGGCGCAUGCGGAGCCGGUAGUGCAACGCCGAGCCACGCCAAAAGGAUGGACGCGCAGACGAAACAGAACCUGCUGGAGCGGCGCAAGGCCCGCUCGCUGCUGAAAACGGUCAUCAACGUGGGGCACAAGUUUCUCGUCCUGCUCGUCCGAUGGUUAUCGCGCACGAUCUACGGCGAGCACGGCAAGCGGAUGCCACCGAUCACCAACCUCAUACUGAUGGAGUCGGCCACCUCGCUCGCGACCAAAAUUCGCACACGCAAGCUUACAAGCGUGGAAGUAACGCAAGCCUUCAUUGACCGGUGCCGGGAGGUGAACCCGCUGCUCAACUGUGUCGUGGACGAGCGGUUCGAGGCGGCCCUGAAGGAUGCCGAGCGGGCAGACAAGCUGAUCGCUUCCGGCACGAUGACCGUCGAGCAGCUGGAGCGCGAAAAACCGUUCCUCGGCGUACCGAUCUCGACCAAGGACUGCAUACGGGUGGAAGGUCUGCUGCACACGUCCGGCAUCUGGAACCGGCGGAACAUACGCGGCGACAAGGACGCGCGGGCAAUGGAGCUGAUGCGGCGGGCCGGUGCCAUACCCUUUGCCCUCACGAACGUGUCCGAGUGUUGCAUGUGGUGGGAAAGCGUCAACACCAUUCACGGCCGCUCGCGAAACCCUUACGAUGCGAAUCGUAUCGUCGGUGGAUCGAGCGGUGGCGAGGGAUGCAUACAGGCGGCGGCCGCUUCUCCGUUCGGGCUCGGGUCCGACAUCGGUGGUUCGAUACGCAUGCCCGCCUUCUUCAACGGUAUCUUUGGCCAUAAGCCGACCAAGUUCGUCGUGUCGAACGAGGGCCAGUACCCGGUGGCGCUGUCGGAGGAGCAAAACUCUUUCCUAGGCAUCGGUCCAAUGUGUCGCUACGCAACCGACUUGAAACCGAUGCUGCGCAUCAUUGCGGACGAGAACGCACCGAAGCUGCGGCUGGACGAGCCGGUCGAUCUGAAGCAGGUGAAGUUCUUCUACCAAAUCAACGACGGUGGCGCCCACCUGGUCUCGCCCGUCGAUCUGGACAUACGCGACGCGAUGGAGAAGGUGAUGGCACACUUCCGCGCGACGGUCAAGGCGGAGGUGAAGAAGGUGUACCUGGACAAGCUGCGCAAGUCGGCCCCGAUGUGGCUGGCGAACAUGAAAACGCCCUCGAAGGUGGGCUUCGACUCGCAGCUCGUCAAUCUCGAGGGCGCCAUCAAUCCCUGGCUCGAGCUGGCCAAGUGGCCGCUGCGCAUGUCGAACCACACGCUGAUCGGCAUACUGACCGCGCUGACCGAGCGGGGAGGGGUUAAGUACGGCUCGGCCGAGUACCACCACUACGUGCAGCAGAAGCAGGAGCUGGUGAGCGAGUUCCGCGACAUGCUCGGCGAGAAUGGGGUGUUCAUCUAUCCGACCCACCCGACAGUAGCGCCGUACCACAACGAGCCGCUGAUCCGGGCGCUUAACUUUAGCUACACCGCCAUCAUUAACGUGCUGGGGCUGCCGGCCACGGCCGUACCGCUCGGGCUGGGCCGCGAGGGACUGCCGGUGGGGCUUCAGGUGGUGGCGGGCGUCAACCAGGACCGGCUGUGUCUGGCGGUCGCCUGCGAACUGGAACGUGCCUUCGGCGGGUGGGUUGCACCGGAGGUGAAAGCGUAGACUGUGUAUUUCUUUACAUACUUAAGGAAAUCUAUUGCAAUUUAAACAAACAA